CAUCAUUAAUCCUUCCCAUUUGCCCAUCAUAUCCACACACACACACUAUAUAUACAUGUAUAUGGAUUUCAUAGUUCAAUAUUCUAAAAAAUUACUACUGUCAAAAUCUAGCCAAAAAAUGCAAAAAUCUCCCCAUUUUCUCAUCCUUACACUACUCUUACCAAUCCAUUAUUUGAUGGAUUAUAGUUCAGCCAAAAACGAUAUCAACACUGAUCGUUCUUCACUUCUCGCCUUAAAAUCUCAAAUCACUUUAGAUCCUCAAAAUAUAUUGACCCAAAAUUGGAGCACUGAAGCCAGUGUUUGCAGUUGGAUCGGAGUUACUUGUGAUUCACGUUACAAUAGGGUUACUCAGUUGAAUAUAUCGUCCAUGGGUCUUGUCGGAACCCUCCCACCAGAAAUUGGGAAUCUUUCUUCUCUCGUUUCUUUAGACGUGAACGAGAACUCCUUUCAUGGCCCCAUUCCCCCAUCUAUCUUCAACAUGUCAUUUCUAGAAGUUUUGGAACUAAGGAAUAAUAGUUUGUCUAGUAGUUUACCUCUUGAUAUGUGCAAACACAAUCUGCAUAGACUCAAGAGGCUUCGUAUAUCUUACAACAAGAUGUAUGGGGAAAUACCAUCGAGUUUGGAGAAGUGUUCACAGCUUGAGUAUCUUUCUUUGGUAAACAACACUUUCACUGGAUUUGUGCCGACAGAAAUUGGGAACUUGACGAAGCUUCAAGAGUUGUACCUUGGUGUAAAUAAGUUGACUGGAGUUAUUCCACAAGAGAUACAUCAUCUUCAUAAUUUAACAGUAUUGGACUUGAGUUCGAACAAGUUAUCAGGCACCUUGCCACCAACCAUUUUCAACAUGUCUUCCUUGGCAUGGAUUGACUUAUCAAGUAACACACUUAGCGGGGCAUUGCCUUCAGAAAUUGGGAACAAGAAAGCAGUACUAGAGUUUUUAUCCCUUGAAAACAAUGCUUUAACCGGUACUAUUCCGAAAGAGAUUGGGAACAUGAAAGCACUAUCUACUUUAGUACUUCAGAACAAUGCCUUAACCGCAUUUACAGCCAUUGUUGAGACCUUGAACUUCUUCUCAAAUCUAUAUUUGACUUUUCCAUAUAGCAUUUACAGAUAUGUCCUUCUCAAAUCUAUAUUGUUCUUUGUCUUCCAUUGA